CGCUCCGCUUCGCCCCGUUCCCUCCCGGUGGGGUGGUUUGGGGUGUGUGUGUGUGGUUUUUUUUUUUUUUUUUCUUUCCCCCCUUUUUCUCCCUGCUUUUUCCCCACCCCCCGGCUUUCGGCCGCUUCCCCGCCUCACCCUGCCGGCGCCCUCCCCGCGGCGCGGCGGGCUGCGGGUUAGCUGCGGGGCCAUGCCGGCGGGGCCGCCGCCGCUGCUGCUGCGAGGCGCCUUCCUCCUCCUCCUCCUCCUCCUGCUCUUCCUCGGCUCCCCGGCCCGGGCCGCCGUCUACACCAACCAUUUCUUGGUGGAGCUGCACGCCGGGGGCCAGGCGGAGGCCGAGCGGCUGGCUGCGGAGCACGGCUUCGGCGGGGUGCGCAAGCUCCCUUUUCUAGAUACUGGUUACUUCUUUUAUCACAAUGGCAUUGCCAAGGCCAGGAGAAGACGCAGUCUUCAACACAAGCUUCACCUGGAAAAGGACUCCAGGGUAAAGAAAGCCGUGCAACAAGAAGGCUUCAGCAGAAGAAAGAGAGGAUAUAGAGAUAUCAAUGACAUUGACAUCAACAUGAAUGAUCCUUUAUUUACAAAGCAAUGGUAUCUGAUUAACACUGGUCAAGCAGAUGGGACUCCUGGACUUGACCUUAAUGUAGCUGAAGCAUGGGAACUGGGAUACACAGGGAAAGGAGUUACCAUAGGAAUUAUGGAUGACGGAAUUGAUUAUCUGCAUCCUGAUCUUGCCUCUAAUUAUAAUGCCCAAGCCAGCUAUGACUUCAGCAGUAAUGAUCCCUACCCUUACCCCCGCUACACAGAUGAUUGGUUUAACAGCCACGGGACAAGAUGUGCAGGAGAGGUGUCUGCUGCUGCCAACAACAACAUCUGUGGUGUGGGAGUCGCGUACAACUCCAAGGUGGCAGGUAUUCGAAUGCUCGACCAGCCAUUUAUGACAGACAUUAUUGAGGCUUCCUCUAUCAGUCAUAUGCCCCAAGUCAUAGAUAUAUACAGUGCCAGCUGGGGACCAACCGAUAAUGGAAAGACUGUGGAUGGACCUAGAGAGCUAACACUGCAAGCGAUGGCGGAUGGUGUGAACAAGGGCCGGGGCGGGAAAGGAAGCAUCUAUGUCUGGGCUUCUGGAGAUGGGGGCAGCUACGAUGACUGUAACUGUGAUGGUUAUGCAUCGAGCAUGUGGACAAUCUCCAUCAAUUCCGCUAUAAAUGACGGACGGACAGCUCUGUAUGAUGAAAGCUGCUCUUCAACCCUAGCCUCCACCUUUAGUAACGGGAGGAAGAGAAAUCCGGAGGCUGGUGUGGCUACCACAGACUUGUAUGGCAACUGCACCCUGCGUCACUCAGGAACGUCUGCAGCUGCCCCUGAAGCAGCCGGAGUGUUCGCCUUGGCCCUGGAGGCUAACUUGGAUCUGACAUGGAGAGACAUGCAGCAUCUGACAGUCCUCACCUCCAAAAGGAACCAGCUCCACGAUGAAGUUCAUCAGUGGCGCAGAAAUGGCGUUGGGCUGGAAUUCAACCACUUGUUUGGCUACGGUGUCCUAGAUGCAGGAGCGAUGGUUAAGAUGGCAAAAGACUGGAAGACUGUUCCCGAGCGAUUCCACUGUGUUGGGGGGUCAAUACAGGAGCCUGAAAAGAUACCACCAAGUGGCAAGCUGCUCCUCACACUUACAACUGAUGCUUGUGAGGGGAAGGAAAAUUUUGUCCGUUACCUUGAACACGUCCAAGCAGUUAUAACUGUGAAUUCAACUAGGCGAGGAGACCUCAACAUCAACAUGACCUCGCCAAUGGGAACAAAAUCCAUUCUACUGAGCCGGCGUCCCAGGGAUGACGACUCCAAGGUGGGUUUUGACAAAUGGCCUUUCAUGACCACACACACUUGGGGAGAAGACCCCAGAGGCACAUGGGUCCUAGAGAUUGGGUUUGUCGGCGGUGUGCCACAGCGGGGCGUGCUGAAGGAGUGGACACUGAUGCUGCAUGGGACCCAGAGUGCACCAUAUAUAGACCAAAUAGUAAAAGAUUAUCAGUCCAAACUGGCCAUGUCUAAGAAGGAAGAGCUGGAAGAAGAAUUAGACGAAGCAGUGGAGAGAAGCCUGAAGAGUAUACUAAGCAAGAACUAGUCUGUUCUGCAUGAUGGUGUCUUUCAUUUCCCAGAUCCCCUCUAUUCACCUUUCUACUAUCCAAACCUCUGUGUUAGACAUAUUACAAUGGUCGUCUCUGUAGCCAAAUUAUCACACUUUCUUGAUUUUAAAGUCUUAUAUCUUGUCAAUAAUUAUUUUAAUUACCACUGAAGCAAUCCUUUUUUUACUCUAAACCACAAAUAUAUUGUCCCCCACCAAAUACUAUGUACAGUUUGUGACUGUAAAUGAUUUUUCUUUUGUGUCAUACAAAUAAGUAAUACCUGCAAACACGUUUAUGGCUUUUCCCUUCAUAUUUUUGUGAUACAUGUUGUUUGUAUUAAAAAAAAAAAAGAGUGAAUUUUAACAUUGGCAGUUGGUGAUAAUGGGUGCAUUAAAAAAAUUAUUGUGAGAGAGGGAAUCACAAAGAGUUUGGUUGGCUGGAGAGGUCUUUGAAUGUCUAACAGCUCCUUUUGCAUCAUGGACUUCAGUGGGACUUUCCCCACUGGGUUCAACCAAAGUAGCACUAGACCCUAUAAAAAGAAAUAAUCCACAGAUGAAGAAAAAUUACCCAUCCAAUUUGCAGAAACUAAUUCUUCUCAGAGCAUUCUUUAGUAUAUACACUUACACAACAUACACACUAGCACUUCAGCUGCAGAAUGGUUCAACGAGCAUGCAAUAAGGAAGGUCAGGUGAUGCUGAAGCCAGGUGACAAGAAGUGCAUUGCAAACAGGGUCAGGGCAUUCUAGAAGCACAAAUUUCAAGUUUUUUUUCUUGUUGUUGUUGUUGUUGUUGUUUAGUUUACUUUUGGCUUUUGUUUUUAAUGUUGGCGAUUUAAAUCAAUAUACCAUCUCUUACAGCAGCAUAAGCACAUAGGGAAUGAGCUGCAGGAUUUCUGGCAACCUGUGUGCAAAAGUUUAUCUGCUCACCUUGAUACUGAAAGCUCUAUUCUACAGCAUAGUGGAAGAUGAGACUGAGUCAGCAUUUCCAAUUACAGACCCCUGUUUUCUGGGGUUUACAACCUGGCUGUCAGUAAAUUACUGUGGGAAAAUUUGAAGUAUGCAGCUUCAGUCCCAGAGCAAUUUUUAAUUCAGAUUUCACUGAAAAAAAAAGAAAAAAAAGUUAUUUUUGUGUUAUACAAAUAUAUUUAAGGCGAAAAAUAUGCCUACAUUAUUUACAUGUAAUGCAAAGUUGGCCUUCUUGGGAAAUAAAAUGUAGUGUGUUUGUGAAGAUUUGUCAGUAAUCAUUGUUCUUUGGCGUUUGAAGAGUCAGUCCCACCUUCACUUCUCAUAUGUGAGUAAAUUCAGUCUCUCCUGCUCAUGGAGUCUGCUCUGGCUAUUGCCACAAGACAUAACGUUCCCUCAAGGGGGGGUGCCUCAUGCUAACAACCACUACAUGUUCUCAGGUGUGAGAUCCCAAAUUGAACCUUUGAAUAAUAAAGGGUCUUGAUUUUGCAAAUGCUUAGGCACUCACAGUAAAAUCAGUGGACCUACUCAAAUACUAAUUUUAAGCAGGUGCUUAAGAUGUUUGAGGAUCCAAGAUCUACUUUUUAGCAGUGACUGGUUUCAGAGUUUUAUUAUGUAUUUUUAAUAUACAGAGUAUUCAUCUAAAGUGUUUUAAUAAGAGUUUUCCUGGGUAAUCAGGUGCAUAGUGGUAGAAACGUAUUCAGUAAGUAAAUAUUUAUCUAACAAAUCAAAAAUGUAACCCAAAGGUUAUAUGGUGCAUACAUUUCAUUGAAGAAUGUAUAAUUUAUUCUGUUAUUUCAAGUGAAUAUCCAUCCUUUAUCCUUUCACAAGGCCUGUUCUUUCCUUUACAAAUCCAAAUGCAAAUAAAUAGCUCAACCUACUUGAAGUCUAUGUGAAUUGCAUUAACCCAAGACAAGCAGUCUCACACCAUUCACAGGUUCUUUGUUACACGCAGCAGUCCGUUAAGACAAUCAAGUCACAUUUGGAUAAAACAGAUUUCAGCAGGAGAAGAAUCAGGCACUGUGUGAUUUUUAUUUUAGAAGUGCUCUUAGUUAUUUGUUCAAACACAUUAUAGUGUCAGUUGCGUUCAACGUGGUGAUUUAAAAAUUACCCCAAGGAUGAGAUGGGCCUACUUCAAACCAUGAACUGGAGUUUGUGAGGCAUAACCCCAAACUCUGUGAAGUUAAAUGGGGGGAGAGGUUUGUUGGUGGGUGUUUGGAAGCGAAGGGACUGCACUGACUUCAGUAGGUUUUCAGGGAAGGCACAGAAUUCUCAGAAAGAGCACCAUAUACAUAUCAGAGGGAAGAAUUUACCAUAUAUAUUUAUUUAUGCAUACGUUUGUAUGUCUAAAUGCAUAGAACACUCCUGUGGUAUCUCUCCCCCCCCCCAAUAUUACAUACAAUAUGUAUAUUCAGAGUAUGUUACAUAUAUUUGCUUACAAAUAUCUACAGAAUUACAUAUGGUAUGUAAUGUCUAAUACAUACACACACUGUUACUUUUUGUGUUUAUGUGUUCAAAGAAACAGAGAACUGGAAGCUACUGAAGGACUUCUAAAAUGUGGAAAAAGUUUUGGAAUCAGAAAAGUCCAUGUGAAAAAUCUUAAAUGAAUGUGUACAUUCCUUUCCAUUGCAUUCAUGUGAUUUUGCAAGGCUGUUUCAUCAUUAAAUAUCUUAUAUAGCAACAAAAUAACUAGAUGGUUGUUCAUAUUUUCAUAAUGUUGACAUAGUAUAUUAAGUGAAAGAGUACAACAAUGAUAAACAGAAUGGUGAGUUUUGAUAUAAGUAUAUAUAAAGUUAAGUGUAUAUACAAUAUAGAGAUCUACUGCAAAUUCUUCAGGAUUUUUUCAUCGGGGGAUUGCUGAAAAAAUAUGUCCAGUUAGACUAAGUUUUUAUGAUAUUGCUG